GCCUGACAACUACUACAGUGUCACCACGGGCUAAUACAGUACACUCUGCCUGGCCGUUGCCCAUUACUCCUUAGUUGAUAGGUAAAGGACUGAGAAAGGUGAGGGCUUUUCAGGUACUGCUACGAUAACACUCUCGACUGGCUUAUUGGACGACACGUGAACAUUUCCUUUAAAAUGUCCCCUACACUGAGAAUGGCGCUGCUGUUCAGCAUGAUGGGAUGUGGGCAUUUAAUCACAGUGACGGUUCCCGAGAAGUUUGUGAACGUGACAAACGGUGAAAGUGCUCUUCUCCAGUGCACGUUUGUUACCACCGUGCAGAACACGAGCAACAUCAUCAUCCAGUGGAGUUUUGUUGCCAAAACCUCCAAUGUGCUACAGCAGGUGUAUUACUCUCAGUCAGGAGAGGACGUGAUUUCUAAACCGUAUGAGGGCAGGUUGAAUGCUCCCACCUAUCCAGCUACUAGCAAUGCCUCAAUAACAAUAAGCAACAUGCAAGUGUCAGAUGCAGGGGCCUACACCUGCGAAGUCCACAACUUCCCUGAUGUCAAUGGGAAGACUGAGGCCACUAUCAUUGUCAACAUUCUUGAGAGGCCAUCUGUGCCCUUCUGUGCUGUCCAUGGUGAUGUGGAGUCUGGUCACCUGGUUACCCUCACCUGCCACAGUGAGCGGGGAAGCCCCACCCCCACCUAUACCUGGAUCAGAGUGGAUCAGGACAAGACCAAGACACCUGUAAUGGGGAACCCUGAUCCGAAUAUAGGAUCCUUGUAUUUCCGAAACAUAUCCCAGUUUGAGUUUGGAGAGUAUUGUUGCAGUGCCUCAAACGCUGUAGGAUCUGCUACUUGCACCGUGGAGCUCAGCCAUGAGCUAGGGGAUGGGGCCAUUGCUGGUGCAGUCAUUGGAGCACUUCUUGGAGCUGUCCUUAUUAUCCUUAUUAUCUGGUUCAUGACACACUCCAUGAAGAAGCAGAAAUCCAAGGCUUCAAAGGCAACAGAGAUGCAAGCCAUCCCUAAGAGUUCGGCCACAGUGGCGUAUGAAGGCGUCCCUACCAGGGAGAGUGGCCAUCAAGCCUAUGUAACCUCCGGAGGGGUUCCCAUGGCAACAAACAGCCACGUCCAUUCUGACGCUGACGGAGAGCGGGCCGAAGCUUAGGAGAGGCCUGACAUGCUUCUGGGGUGACAUCACUACUCUGAAAAACAAUGCUCCACUGAAGUUUGUGUUUUUGUAUAAUGUUUUUUUUAAAUUCACAAUUUAAGUAAUGGUUCAUAUUUGUUUUAUGUGAUAUGAGGAAUUCCAAUUGUCUUGAUUUCACACACCAAAAAAAUACAAAUCACUCUACACCCUGAUUAAUGUGGUAAUCCACCCAUUCCCUGACAAAAUGUUUAUUCCCAUUUCAUAUUCAUUGUGACAAAUCUAACCAAUGCUCAUCCAUGCUUUCUGGAAGAAAAAAAAUACAAAUUCAAUUUUGCAUAACUGAGA